UCAGGGAGAUGGACGAGAAGCGUGUAAAGAAGACAAGUGUGCAGAAUGGCAGUGUCUCCCUCUCACACCCCCCGAAGGAAGAGAAAGCCACCGUGCUUCAGAAAGAAGUAGGUCUAGUGAGCGGAGUGUGUUUGAUCGUCGGGACGAUGAUCGGUUCUGGAAUCUUCAUCUCACCGAAAGCCGUGCUGGUGGGAACUGGAGCUGUGGGACCCUGCCUGUGUGUGUGGGCCGCAUGUGGAGUCCUCGCAACACUGGGGGCCCUAUGCUAUGCAGAGCUGGGCACCAUGAUUACUAAGUCCGGUGGUGAGUACCCGUACCUGAUGGAGGCGUUUGGGCCGGUCAUGGCCUUCCUCUACUCCUGGACCACCAUCAUCGUCCUCAAGCCUUCGUCCUUCGCCAUCAUCGCCCUCAGCUGCGCUGAGUACGCCGCCACGCCCUUUUACCCAGGAUGCACCCCUCCUCAGCUCGUCACCAAGAGCCUCGCCGCCGCCACCAUCUUUCUGAUCUGCCUGGUGAACUGUCUGAGUGUGAAGUUGGCCAGCUACAUCCAGAACUUCUUCACUGCCGCCAAACUCUUCAUCAUCCUCAUCAUCGUGGUGGCUGGGAUUGUGUUACUGGCUCAGGGAAAUACUCAGAACCUGACUAAUGCAUUUGACGGGGGGGCCACAUCUUUUGGAGCCAUAGGACUGGCCUUCUACAACGGCCUAUGGGCUUAUGAUGGGUGGAAUCAGCUGAACUUCAUAACAGAGGAGCUGAAAAAUCCCUACAGAAACCUACCGUUGGCCAUCAUCAUAGGUAUCCCUCUGGUAUCUGUGUGUUACGUGCUCGUCAACAUCGCCUACUUCAGCGCCAUGACGACCACUGAACUUCUACAGUCGUCCGCUGUCGCCGUGACGUUUGCUGACCGCGUGCUGUACCCCAUGUCAUGGGUGGUGCCUCUGUUUGUGGUCUUCUCUACGUUUGGGGCGGCCAAUGGGAGCUGCUUCACCGCAGGCAGGCUGACGUAUGUAGCUGGACGUGAGGGCCACAUGAUAAAGAUUCUGUCCUACAUCAGUCUCAAAUACUACACCCCAGCUCCUGCCCUCAUUUUCAACGGCAUCCUGGGCAUCCUGUACAUUCUCCCAGCAGACAUCAACACUCUGAUAAACUACUUCAGCUUCGCCCAGUGGGGGUUCUACGGCCUCACAGCCCUCGCUCUCAUCGUCAUGAGGUUCACACACAAAGACCUGCACAGACCUGUUAAGGUCCCGGUGGUGAUAGCAGCGUUGGUGGUGGUGGUGUCUGUGUACCUGGUGUUGGCCCCCAUCAUUGAGAAGCCAGAGCUGGAGUAUCUCUACUGCUCCAUCUUCAUCCUCAGUGGCCUCAUCUUCUACCUGCUCUUCGUCCACCACAAGUUCCAGUGGAGUCACACUAUCAUGCGGCCAAUCACCAUGCACCUGCAGCUGCUGAUGGAGGUGGUUCCCCCAGAGAAGACGGAGUGAAGAGUAGCAGAACACACACACCACUCACACACCACACAUACCACACGCCACACACACACACAC